AUGGCCGUUGCGACUUCCUACCAAGAGACCUCUUCGGUGACGGCGAUCCUGAUUCUUCGCUUCGCGUUGUGCCGCGGCGUGUUCAAUGCGAAGGCGACGACCGACUUCCGAUGCCAAGCGCGAGGGCUCCGAGCUUCUGCGGACAGAGUUCGAGCGGACGGACGCAAAAACGACCGCGGCCUCGCGCCCGUCUUGACGACGGGGUGGUCGCAGUCCGCGCCGCGCGGGUUCCAACUUCGCUUCCCAUCCUCGUCCCCAUUCGUCCCCGAUCCAGGGCUUCCGGGGGUUCGCACGAGGCGGGCCAAUCCCCCAAGGCCUCAAGGCCUUGAGGCAUCCCGAGUCCCGACUCGCGCCCAGCGGCCGCGCCCCAAGUUCAAGUCCACCAGCGAAACAGCGGCGGAGCGCGCGAAUCGAAGCGCCGCCGCCGUACUUGGAUCUAUAAGUGACGGACGCCCGCGUCCCUCGAUUCGCGCCGCGUGCAUGCGCCGCGAGCCAAGCACGCGUCGGCGGGGGGAGCGGGACCUGCCCCGACGGACUGCGUACUUCAACUUGGCGUUUGAUCGGCGUGCGCCCCGAGGCGGACGUUGCGCGUGUGGACGCUGGACGGCCCUGCGCAUGCACGAGCUGGAGGCGGGGGGAGCGAACGGGCGCCGCGAGGGUCUUCGUCGCGUCGUGCGCGGCCGCGUCGCAUGCACGCACCUUCCCGAGCCAGUUGCAGCUGCAGAGUCCGCCGUCCGGAGCGUGCGGCGCGCGUGCCAAGCCCGUCGCGUGCUGGAUCUCGAUCGGGUUCUGUGCACGCACUCGCCGCUAAGUAGGCUCGAUCCAGCCGCCAUCGUCGCAGGUGGAGGAGGAGGAGACGAUGACGGCGGGAUCGAGCUUAGGCCCAUGGCAUAUGGGUCGGAUGCGCACGAAGCGGGGAAGGUGCGAUCGGCGGGCGCGCUGCGACACCUCGAGCGUGCCUCGACACGUCGGUCGUCGUCGACACCGACGGGAGACGAUCUGCGCAUGACCGUUCGCGCGAUCGACGUCGGGUGCGGGGGAGAGAGGAACGGUUCGGGGACGUGGCGUCUGAGCUUCUGCCACGGACGGGGCUCUAUAGCUCUCUCCGUCGUCCGAGGACAAACGAGCGAAUGCACGGUGCGCGACGGCAAUGAGGAGAGAGAGAGAACGCACGGUGUCGAACGGGGGAGGAGACAAGCGUGUCCUUUGACACGGGCUGAGUCGGGUCUCGAAGUCGUCGGAGACGAUAUCUGGUCGUGGCGGUCAUCAUCGAGCUGGACACUCGGACCGGGCAAGCGGACGAGCCAAUCUCAAACAGUCUCAAACGCCGCAGGGUUCCGCCUCUUGCGUCAGACCGGACGGGCACCGGGACGCAGAACUCGGGCCAGGCAGGACGACUUGCACAUGCACACGAAUCAUCUGGAGCCCCUCGCCCGCCGCCCGGACGCAGAUCCUGCAAGUUCUGCCGGCGCUGGCCAUGCACCGUCGGACGAUCCUCGCGCACGCACCAGUCCGCCGCGGAUCGCCCGUUCGCUGCUCGCGCCUCUCUGUGUGCUUGGAGCUCAGGAGCCGGAGGAGAAACAUGCGCCUCCGUCUAAAGCCGCUCGCGCAAUUUCAGCCAUUCGUGUGGCCCCAAAUAGCGCAACAGGGGCGCCGAGCCAGCCCCGACGCCGAUGGCAGCGAAAGGGACGGAAUGGCGCGAUGGGGCCGCCCAAAGCCCGGCGCGACCUAUCGCAAAAACCACUGCAGAGGGUUGUAAGCACGCGCAGAGGACGCGGCGUGCGUCCGACGCCAACCCGGACGCGCAGUCGACGCAACUCUGAGCCUGAGCUUCUGCUCUAUGUACUUACGAGCUCGACGUCGGCCGACACGGGACGCGGUUUCCGUCGUCAUCGGAGCGUCCUCCUGCCUGCGCACGCCCGAACCUACGACCCCACCCGAGCGCGCUCGUCACCGGCGACUGGCCCGUCGCGCGCACAGGAUUUGCGCGCGACGAGUGGAGCCCGCACCGGCGUCGCACGCACAAUGAACUCGUGGCCGCCGCAGCCGACGAGCCUUUUGACCGCUGCCGGCAGCGAAUUCGGAAUCGCGUGCGGGCACACGACCUCGCGCAUGGCAGUCGGGCGCGCGCGCGUUCCAGUCAACUCCUCGUACGUACGCCCUGUGUCCUCCGAACCACCCCGCCGGGGUCUGCAUAUCCGACAGCCACGCGCAUUGAGCGGCUCCGAGCAUAGCUGGCUGCAGCGACCUGUGCCGUGCGGUCGAUUCGCUCUACAAUGCAUGCCUGGGACCGAGGCCUGGGCAAUAACAGGGAUGGGUGCCCGGCCGACUCGGGAUCCAGAUGUGCCCCGCGAGAUGUCGACAGGGUGUGGCAGGUCUUGGCUCGAGGUCGGGAGCAUGGUUGGAAUGGGAUGGUCGUGGACCCUUGGAUGGAUCUGGGGGAAGCCUGGAGUCAGAGCUACUAGCUAUGAGGGAGGAAUGUGCAACUAUACGAGCCCGCGCUCUGCAUGGCUCGCGAGAUUGAAAGGGGACUUGUGCGCAUGUCGAGAUCUGACGGCGACACGGGCACGCGAGGAUGAUCGGGUGGUGUCCAGCGCAGAUGGGGAUGCGAGAUGUCGCGAGCCGAACCGGCGCCGACGUCCUCGCCCGCCAAACACACCGCGAGCGGGGGCGGUGAAGCCAAGACGGCGCGAGAAGCGUGCGUCGGGGGACGAGAAGCGCGAGCUCGACGAGCGAAGGACCUCGUUGAAGCCCCGGCGAGCCCAACGGCGGCGGCGGCAACGGCACGAUGGGAUCUCGGCUGCUGUCUACUCACCCGCGGUGACCUCAUCGCGAAUUUGCCCGCGUCCGUCGCUCGGAAAGGCACGCGCGCUUCCUGCCGCCCCCUUGGCCAAUCAGCAGGGGCCCGAUUCUGCUCGACGUCGCUUGCUGCGCGUUCACGGUUCGGGGGCAAGCGCAAGUUGGGCAGCGUGCACUCGGCCGGGCGUGGUCCUCCAAGUGUCGAACGCUCGCCUGCAGCGUAUGUCCGCGCACCGCCGGUUCCAUGCGCGGCGUCAUCCGCUCUGCGCGAUUUGCCACGGACGGGGAACGCGAUUGCAGCACGUUGGACGCCGUGCCGUCGCCGUCCCGCAUUCCCCCUGCAGCAGCCUCCCCUCACGCGGAGUCCGAGCGAGCGAAAUCCGCGCUGGCCGAGAGGCCCCUCGCACGGUGCAACGUGUAGGGCGUGUGCGUGCCCCCGGUCGCGUUCCGCGUGAGCCCGGGAUGUAUCGGAAUAGUACGACUGCCAGCCCGAAGCCCUCCGUGUGUGCUGUGGACGCGCGAAGAGGGGUUAUAUUUGUGCGGCCGCGCGCGCGGCGGGAGGCUCAGGGCGCGACGGCUAGUUUGGCGCCCGCGGGAGUUCCGUUCUCGACGGGCGACGACGACGGUGCGAAGCGACAUGUCAGGGACGCGUGGGCUGCGGGGAGGCGCGAGCUCGGGGCUCGGAGGCUGAAAGGAGUUGAGGGCGUACGCAAUGAAAAGGGGAGCCUAGAGUCUGAGGCAUGGAGAGGCGGACGUUGGAAGGCCUCCAGGGGACGAUGA